UAAGAGCAAUGCUGGAGAGCGGAGCACCUGAACAGGUUCACUGAAAGCAGUGCUGCUGGGUGAUGCUCAGCACCGGAGAUCACUGGUGUCAGCUCAUAGAGAGACUUAAAAAUAGAAACACUUUUUCCCCCAAGAGUAGAGCAUUCUUCUAAAAAUAAAAAGUGGCUGUGAAAUGCAGAUCUAAGCUCACACAGCACCUUUCCUUCUUCGCUUUAUAUCUGACGCCUCAUUUAAAUUUACAAGAAGCAAGCAAUAGAAAAAAAAUGCAGAGUCUAAGCACAAAAGAUUCGAUGGGUAGUGAGGAGGAGAGGGGGGUCAAGAGAACAGGAAACCCAAAGUUGACGGGAAACCCAAGUGACAUUUAGGUUUAUUGAAUGACUUAUACCAUUAAUAUCAGGAAGCGGGGAAAGGAAACUGCGAUGCUUUGAGAGUAUAAAUGAGGGGCUCCAUCAAGGUGAAGGCUGCAGAGCCACACUUUGCCCUCCAGUGGCACCCAACCGAGGGCGGCAGCAGGAGAAAAGAGCUGACCCCAGGAUGCAGACCUGCUGCCAGGCCCUGCUGCUGCUGCUGGCUGCCUGUGUCCUGCCCGCCCGCUGCUCGGAGCACGGCUGCCCGCAACUCUCCGAGCUGCUGCCCGCUUGGCUCAAGGAGCUGAGGAUCAAGUUUGAGGAAAUUAAGGACUAUUUUCAAUCCAGAGAUGACGAACUUAACAUCCAACUGCUCAGCUCUGAACUGCUGGAAGAAUUUAAGGGGACCUUCGGCUGCCAGUCGGUGUCCGAGAUGCUGCGGUUCUACACGGAUGAGGUCCUGCCCCGCGCCAUACAGACUAGCACCAGCCACCAGCAGAGCAUGGGUGACCUGGGCAACAUGCUGCUGGGCCUGAAGACGAUGAUGCGGCGCUGUCACCACUUCUUCACCUGCGAGAAGAGGAGCAAAGCCAUCAAGCAGAUCAAGGAGACGUUCGAGAAGAUGGACAAGAACGGGAUCUACAAAGCCAUGGGGGAGUUUGACAUCUUCAUCAACUACAUCGAGGAGUACCUGAUGAUGAUGAGGAGGAGGAAGUGAGCGCGCACGGCUGCUCUCAGCCCAAC